AUGAACAUCAUUACUUGUUUGGUGCUUAAUAGACCAUACAAUAUUUCUCAAGUACUGUUUGAUCAUAUGGUUGGUAAUAUCAGCAGUGAGAGGUAUAUAAUGUACCCCAGGUUUAUCCAAAUGAUGAUUGACGAUCAAGUGACAGAUCUUCCUAAGGAUCCUGCUGAUGUAAUGAAUCUACGGAAUAUGAAAGUCGAGACCUUGAGCAGAUUAGAUCAAUAUAAGCUGAAGAAAGACGAAACAGAGCCAAGGGCUAAGCAUAUGAUCUGUAAAAUUGCAAAUCCAAUAUACGUUGCACCUGAAAAUGAUGCGUGGAGACAUGAUAAUAGCAAUUCAGAAGAUGAAACUGAUAGUCUAAGGGAUAUGCAUGAGAAGAAGCUUAGAUACUGGUUCAUGAAGGACGGAAAGAGGAAAAGAACACCAAAGGCCUCUCCAAUUGUGAUUGCUCCUAAAGUUCCUAAACCGAAGAUAGUUGUUAAGGGUAUAGUUGAAAGGGGGAGUCAUAAGAGAAUGCUUGAUCCAUCAGAGAUUAUACAACAAGGUGUUGGUUUAAUGAAAGAGUCACUAGAAGGUUUUCCAAAGAAGACUGAGGUUGCUACAAAGACUCAAGUUGAAUCUUCUGCAAAGCAUUUUCAACCAGAAAAGGUGAAAGAAAAGGAACCAGAAGGCGUUGCUCACACAGAUUCAAGUGAUGCUGAAGAUGAGUCAACUGAAACAGAAUCUGAAGUUGAUAAAUCAAAGAUUGGUCAUGGAAAGGUCAUGUUGAAAAAGAAGCCUCAGAAGAAAAGAAAGGGUUCUGAUGAAGAGGAUUCUACAUAUACUCCAACAGCUGAAGAGAAAAAGGAAUUACGAACAAAGCGCAAAGCAGUUCAAUCUGGAGUUAUUCCAAGGAAUCCUGAAAAGCCUGAAGCUGUAAAAGAGCAAAACAUUGAAGUUCCAGAGGUUCAAAGCGUUGAAAAGCCUGAAGCUGAGAAAGAAAAAGCUCCAGAAAGUCCAGAUUAUGUAAGGAUAGAGAAGAAGGGUGCUGAUGAUGCUGAAACGUCAAGGCCAAAGAAAAAUGUUCUUCCUGAUCAAUUUGAAGGUUUUCCAAAUGUUCGUGGUGAAUUCACUGAUGACAUUCUUCCAGAUGAAGACUAUGAUAUGUUUCAUGAUGAAACAGUCAAAGAUCUGAAAAAGAAAGUUAGUAUUCUCAAGAAAGAAAAGGCAAAAGCUGAAGCUGAUCGUGAUGAAUUGAAGAAGCAGCUUGAAGAGUUGUCUAAAGCGAAUGAGGAAAUAAAGACUGUUGUGGUCAAAUAUGCGAAGAAGAUAAAGAUGUUGGGUGAAGAUGUGGAUGAUAACGCUAAGCUCUUUGAGCAAUUAUCAUUAGAGAUUACUGAUCUGCACUUGAAGAACAAGAACUUGAAUGAAACUAAUCAAACGCUGCAUCAGAUGUUACAAAAACUUCAUGAAGCUUCUGCUAGUGAAAUCAAAUUGCUAAAGUUGGAGAUUGAAGCACUUAGGGCUGAUAAGAUACUGAAGGAUGAGCAACUCAACAUGUUAUACAUAGUAAUGGAACAUCAUCUGGGCAUUAAUGUUCAAUCUGUUUACAACAGCCUGGAGAUUCAAAGGGUUGAAGAGCGAAGGGCUUAA